AUGUUAGAUUCGGCUGCUGAAGACGAAGCACUGCUCGAUUUUUGGCCUCAAUCCUCUCGUUUGACAACGGCGCUAGGGGAAAAUCGAGCCGAACCACGACAGUACACUUUGCCCGGGAUAAAAUAUGAGUUCCAAUGUGAAUCGAUCCCGGAUCAGGCCAUGUCAAAUAUCUCACGAAUCUCGAACACCACAGAGAAUCUCGUAAUUCUCGAGGCUUUGAAAAAUCUAAUAAAAGAUGGCCACUUUGAAAUUACGUUAUGGAAGAGCUCUGAAGUGCUAACGAAGCGAGGACAUGGAAUGGGAACACUCGGAAUAUCGAGAAAGAUUUCCACUUUUGUCUACAAGUUUUGGUCGUUACGCUUUCAAAUGAUGUGGGCUAUGAAGAAAUAUUUGGAGAUCGCUGAUGAGAUUGCGCCUUUCGAAGAGUUGGACGCACCGGAUCUCUUUUAUGAAUAUGUGAAAGAAGCGGGGAGAAAAGGUUCAAUGGUCCCUUUUGCGAUUCGAAUGAUUCACGCCGAGAUUCUAAGAAUGACCCCAUUCCCCUGGAAAUCCAUUGAACGAAUUCAACGGUUAGAAGAAAAUAUUGAAAAGAUUAUCAACGAAAUGUCUUCUGCAAGUAAUACAAAAGGUUUCGAGUUGUGGAAACGACGACAACAAGCGGUGUUGACGCUAAAGUUGAGAACGCUUCAUCAUUUAGAGGAAUAUGCAAACGCUGUUCAAGUGGGAAGACAAAUGGUGGAAAACUCAAAAUCAAACGAGGAAAAAGCUGAGAUAUUGAGAGGGAUUGUGAGAAUCGCGAUGACAGUCGGAGAUGAGAAAACACUCGAAUCAGCCUUGUCAGAAACGGCUCCACUAUCACAGAAACACCUACUUUUACACAAAGCUUAUCGAGCAAUUUUUCAUGGCAGCUUUGCUCAUGCGAUUGAUUAUCUUCAGAAAGCGGUCGAUGGCGGCGAUACGAGUCCACAAGUGAUCAACACGCUAGCCGUAUGCCAUUUAUACAAUGGAGCUCCAUCAAUUGGAGUGCAGAAGUUGUUGGAGACGCAAGGCGGUGUCUCGGAAACAAUGAAAACGAAUGUGAUCAGCUUGAGUGAAGUCUCCUAUUCGGCCAAAGACAAAGCAGCACUUUUAGCCAGAAUUCAU